CCAUCACCAUCGACAAUAAUGCGUGAAUUCGAGUACAGUAUGGAGGAACGUCAGCAGCAAGGCGAUUCCUCGAAUUCACCUCCACCAUUCAUGGGUAAUAUUUCACCGACAAUGGUUCAUGUAAGACCGUCAACUUCAUCGUUUGUUGAUUCGUUCGGAACGGACCAAGAGCACGACGAAGACAGGGAGCAUCAGAAAGUGGAGAGCAGGAACAACGGUGGACAGGGCAAGAGCACAGCAGUGCCACACUUGUGA